GACGCAUCUACGCGGUGACCCAAAAAUACCACAGCUUCCUGCCUCAAGUUACCACAGCUCCUGCACUCGCACAAAUGCGAUGACUCUUCAAUCUCUUUCUAUACCUUGAUGCUUGUUUACGCUUCAAAGUUUUUCACAAUCUCCACUCCGUUCAAAGCCUGCCGCUGCACCAAAGCCGCCCAACCUUGCAUUCUAUACUUGCCAAACAUUCGGAGCUUUACUACCAGCUUUGCCAUAAGUAUGGCGCACCACGAUCAAGUACCUUAUCGCGCCCAGAAUCCGCAAGAGAUCCUCGAGUUGGUACAAACUCUCAAUGCACAUGGGAAAGGAGGUAGAGGGAAAGGAUUAUCGGUGAAGAAGAACACGUACACAUUACCGAGUGGCCGUAAGGUUGAUUCAUGGCGGAUGCAAGACUGGGACUACAAGAAACCAAAUCUACCGACUUAUGCCCGCGGACUGUUCACCUAUCAGACCCUAGACGGAAAGCAGGCCAUUGCUGUACGUGGAUACGAUAAGUUUUUCAAUCAUGGCGAAGUCAAGAAAACGGAAUGGAAGAAUGUCGAGUUGAACACCAAAGGACCUUACGAGCUCAGUGUGAAAGAGAAUGGGUGCAUAAUAUUCAUUUCAGGGCUGGACGAUGGCUCGCUACUCGUCUGUAGCAAACACUCCACUGGCGCACGACCAGACCUUCCCGUCAGCCAUUCCGCUGCGGGUGAGAAGUGGGUGGAGAGGCAUCUGACAAGCGUGGGAAAGACAAAAGAAGAGCUCGCGCGGAGGUUGCACCAAUUGAAUGUGACGGCUGUAGCAGAACUCUGCGAUGACGAUUUCGAAGAGCACGUGCUUGAGUACGCACCAGACGCGGCUGGGCUGUACCUGCAUGGAGUCAAUUUGAACGUGCCAGAGUUUGCGACUUAUCCUGGGCAUCACGUCGACAAGUUUGCGGAAGAAUGGGGGUUCAGAAAGACAAUGUAUGUCAUGGAGAACAACAUUGGCCAUGUCAAAACUUUCCUGGAACAUGUUGCGGAGACAGGGAAUUACGAUGGCCGCGACACUGAGGGGUUCGUCAUCCGCUGUCAGGCUAGGGAAUCUCCAAAUGCGCCAUGGGAAGAUUGGUUCUUCAAAUAUAAGUUUGAGGAGCCAUAUUUGAUGUACCGACAGUGGCGGGAAUGCACCAAAGCCAUCAUUGCCGGCAAAGAACCAAGGUACAAAAAGCAUAAGAAAGUCACCGAAAAGUAUCUCAUCUUCGCACGGAAGCAGUUCGCCAAGCAACCUGGUCUCGCUAAGCUCUACAAUCAGAACCACGGUAUCAUCAAAAUGCGAGAUGACUUCCUGACAGAACUCGGCCAGAAAGGAUCUGAUAUCAUUCGCCAGGAGAUCGAAUCCGGGGAAGAAAGACCAGAUGCGAAAGAUGUGCAAGGCAAUGUCAUAUUAGUUCCCAUUGCAACGAUAGGCUGUGGAAAGACGACCGUAGCUCUAGCUUUGGUGAAAUUGUUCGGCUGGGGACAUUUUCAGAAUGAUAACGUUGUAGGGAAAGGCAACAGGCCACAGCGUUUUGCCACGGCAGUUUGCAACGGGGUCGUCGACAGUGGGGUUAUGAUUGCAGACCGUAACAACCAUCAAGAACGUGAGCGAGCUCAGAUUAUAGAUGAUGUUUCCCGGGUGAUACCUGAAGCCCGUUUUGUCGCUUUGCAUUGGGUUCAUGACCGUGGAAACUACGACCAGAUCAGAAGAGUCAUGCAGGACAGAGUGCUUGGACGCGGUGACAAUCAUCAGACAAUCCAAGCAGCAUCCAAGGACCCAGCCGAGAUCAUUGGUAUCAUGGACGGCUUCAUGCAUCGGUUCCAGCCGAUCGACACGACCAAAUCACCGGAUGACGCUUUUGACUUGGUGAUUGACCUGGACGUUACAGCGAGCUCGCGGGAGAAUUUGGAAACAGUUGUUACCCAGAUUAGCUCGAGAUACCCGAAACUGUUCACUAGAAUGCCCUCGGCUGACGAGCUUGACGCUGCAAUUGACAGUGCGCUCGAUGACUACAAACCAGAAGUGAAGCAGGACCUAAGCAGAGGAGGCAACAGAGGCCCAAAGAACAAACAGCAACAGCAGAAUAGCUCCAUGUCUAAACCAAAGCAGCCGAAGCUAGAGUUCUUUGCAGUUCGGCUUCCUAACAGUCGAGUCAAAGCCAUUCUCGACGCCAUGUUUCGUGAUGUCGACCCUGAGACGGCACGAUUCUACAACCACCUUAAGGAAACUCGCCGCUUGCAAAACGAGUUUCACGUCACCCUUAUCCACAAGGCCGCUUCAAGCCAACAUACAGAUAGCUGGUCGAAGCUCGGUAGGCUCCAUUCUGAAGCCUGGAAUAAGUCGAUAGCUGGUCAGCUGCCGAAUAGCGAUGCACCAGCAUCCGAACCUGAACUUGGAAGGUGCAAAGUUCAGCUCGAACGUCUUGUAUGGGACAAUCGAGUUAUGUGCUUUGUAGCUCGACUCCAGAAUGAGGGAGACGUUAAGUUUGAGACUGUCAAUGCGCUCGCGCAUAUCACUAUUGGCACUGCGGAACCAAACAUCAAACCGAAGGAGAGCAACGAUCUCUUGCAGAAGUGGUUGACUGUAGGAAGUGGUGGGGAGUCUGGUAUCAUGGAACUCAUGGCUAAGGGGUCCUUGAUUCUAGAUGGCAGUGUAAGAGGUGUUUUAUCUCGUUAACAGGAACAGAAGCUGUGUUGAUAGCCAGGUAGUGAUGGGUAUGUUUGUGGAAAUGCAUUGCAGGUGUUAUGGCAUCCCCCCUCAACAAUAGUGAGUGAAACGGGAAUCGCAGGUAUCAUUGGGCACGUCGUGUCUAAAACGAAUGUUAAAAAGUGAAGAGUAAUUAGACAAAGGGCUGUUCUUGUCCGUGUUCAAAGAAGUGAAUCCUGAGAAGUGAAACCCAAGAACUGUAGUGUGAUAAUCAAA